ACUGUGCAAAACAUAUUCGUAUACAGAUGGGAGAAAUUCACAGAGGGCAAGAAAACGAGGACCAAACGAGCUAAAAGAUUGGAUCAUAGUGAAGCAAAGGAUUUGUGAAGCGUGUAUUCUGCAGCAGGAGAUACUCCAGCUGGGAACUAAAGGGAUAACAGAUACAAGUGAGGAAAGGACAAAAAGGACACAGAGCGAAAGGAUUUUAAUUGGAUUGGUACGUUCUCUUUGGAUAUCUCACUUUCCUCCUCCUGGGCCCACAGCAAAGGGGGAGGCCGCAACCAUCGCAGGGAUGAAGUACAACUACCAUGUACCGUCGUCCACACGGACGUCACAGUACACACCGUCAUACACACCUACCUAUCACACUCCCACACAUUACACAUCAACUACACCCAACUACACAUCAGCAUAUACCUCAACGGCAAAGUACACCCCAACACAGUACAGCAGCACCAAAUACACCCCGUCACUAUACACGUCCACUUACAAGUCGGCAGCGACGUACAUCCCCUCCUACAGCAAAGGGGCACGGGACAGUUCAACACAGCGCACACAAGCGCAGGAAAAACCUGCGCCUGUGAUACCCGUCGCACCUGCAAAGAGAACUGUACACUUCCCCAAUGACAUCAUCUUCCAGGAUAUUGUAAGGCGAGGAGAUAUGGAGCAAAUUGGGCGGUUCAUGAGAGCCAGGAAGGUCCGUGUGGAUACAAUCUUCCACUCCGGUAUGGCAGCAAUUCACGAAGCCGUGCUAACUGGAAGCCUGGAGGUGGUAAAGCUGUUGGUGAAAUACGGCGCCGAUGUUCAUCAGAGAGACGAAGACGGCUGGACGCCACUUCACAUGGCCUGCAGUGACGGCUACCCGGAAAUUGCCAGAUAUCUGCUAUCGACGGGAGCCAGCACAGUGGCAGAGAACGAAAACGGAGAGAAGCCAGCGGACCUCAUUGACCCAGACUGCAAAGAGCUGGUCAAACUGUUUGAGACGGGCUGUGUGUGAUUUGGUACAAAAUGAUGGACCCAAGAGAGAGCUUCAAAACCAAGUGCAAUACCAAACAGACUGACAACAGGGUGGAAGAACAUAGCCAGAGUUUCUGAUCCUGAAAAGAAAGAAAGUGAUCCCGCUUUGUUUUUGUUUGUAAUUGCAGCCUUAAAGCAAUAAUUGAUUGGGCUGCACUUCUAUUCAUGCUGGUUUCUUUUUGUAUUUGUUUUGGGUGUAUUUGUUAUAAUGCCAGUGCUGCAAAUGUUAAUCUGCAAUAAUUGCCUGUUUUCAUUUUCAGCUCAAGCAUAUAUAAUAUUCUUUCUUGAAUUACAUUAAUCAGUUUUAGUAUUCUAUCAAUUGUGUAGGUGUUACUCUUUAAGUAGCUGGUUGCACUCCAAAGACUGUAUGUUUCCAAACUAUUAUUUUAUUGCAUAUUGACUUGAAAACACAGAAGAUGGGCCGAUGGAGUUAUGUAUCCUCACUGCUGGGCAGAGAGAGGAUCAGCUAAAUUGAUAAUUGAUACUUGAUGGUCAUAAAUAAAUACAUACACAUCACGUUUAUGCUGUAUAAGCACUUUUACUGCUGCAGUAUUUUUCCUGAUGCAUUGUUAUUGUUUUCUGUAGUAGAAAUAUGAAUGUCAGCAAUGAAAGUCUUAUUA